AUGCCAUUGAGCAUGCGAGGCUACGCAGUGUUUCUCUGCUGCUACAUCGCAUGUUUUAUUACGUUUGCUCAGUCUCAAUAUAGUGCAACAUAUUAUCCAGGUAUCAAUUCCCUACCAAAAACGUCCGAGAAUGGGCAGGUUGGCACUAAUGAGUGUGGCACCCACUCCAGUGCGUUGUCCAUGUGCCAGAAUCUGUACGUGAACUCUGCUACCGAUUUUUGCCUUUGGGGUCCUAAGGGUCCGGGUUUACAGGGAGUAGGUGCGUCUGAGCGUGAAGUAGUGAGCUAUUGCACCAAGGAUGGACGUGGCACGCGCCUCAUACCACCUGGCACAUUACAAAGCGUUCAUUUCGUGAAGACGCCCCAUUACAUUCAAAUUUCUGGCUUAGGAAAGCUUUCAAACUUGAACAUAUCACCCCAAGCUGGUGGUGGUGAGCUCGACCCUCACGGUCAAGAUGGUCGUGGAAAUCCUAUCGGUGGCUUGGUAUUCACAAGUGCGUUUGGCAAACACAUGGUACAGGCACAUGAAUGGACAAGUUUCAUCGACGAUAGCUCCUUUUGUCUCCGUGUUUGCAAUGACGGAGACUUGGCUACAACAUAUUGUAAGCAUAUUUAUGAUGAAAUGGGCUGCGUAUAUAAUAUGCCGACGACUCCAGACCAGCAGGGUAUCUUCGAGUCGUGUGAGGGCCAAGACGCAGAAGUUGUGGGAGUUUACACGAAUAAUGGCAGUCCUUCUACGUUUUAUCAAAGCCAGACACUAAAUGGAUCUCCUGCUCCUCCUGCCAAACCGCCGCCUGCGGUCUCACAAUGCACGAAAUUUCCUUCAACUAUGCUACAGGGCUCUCUGACACAGCCCUUCGCGAACGCUGGCAUGGCAGUUUUCAGCCAUGAAAACCAUCAUAAAACGUCGUCUUCUUCCAGUUCAAUAUCAUCUUCAUUAUCGGCUGGUUUCUUUUCACCUGCAGCCACUUCAUCGGGCCAAGCCUUCAAUGGCUCUAGUGCUAUGAAACCUAGCAUGAGUAGCUCGCGUUCCUCAUCGAGGACCUCGCCAGUUUCCCCAAAACUUUCAUCAACAACGUCAACAAACAUGGUUGCAGAAACCGCGUCUCCGUCCAAGGGUCCUGUUUUGGACUUCGGCGGGUCGGGUGCCGCUGUUUCUACCCGUGAUGUUAUUUGCAUCUACACGUGGUUGGCAUUAGCUCUUGCUUGUACAGUUCCUGUUUUUCUGUAA